CAGAACCUCUUAGUUCUGCUUUCUUGAGCUGAAGCUGUUUUACAGGAAACUCACAGAAAAAAUGGCAAUCUUCAAGCAACACAUACUAUUCAUGGCUCUGGAGUUUACGUGGGUAUCAUACUGUGCUGGUCCUGACCAGUGCAAAGUGACAGCAAAGCAACUUCCAUUCAUGGAAGCUAACCCUCAGUCCAACAACAUUAAUCUAUCCUGUGAAUUCUCCAUUCAAAGUUGCCCCACAUCUGCUAGACAUAUUCUGUGGUUUCGGUAUCUGGCACAUACGCACGAAGAGCUAUGCAAGUCUACAUGCAAAAACAGUGUCAAAUUCAAAGCACACCAACCAUCUACACACCAGGCUGUGCUUCAGAUCGACCAGCUCAGUGUGGAAGACAGUGCCAUUUAUUAUUGUGGGAUAGCAAUUCGAGGCUCCAACUCAACCACCUCAAAGACAACUGGCACUGGAACCCUGCUUGUGGUUAGAGAGACUAAGAGACAACACACGGCUAAAACUGCCAUGACGGGCAUUUCAGUGCUGCUGUCCUUAUAUCUCAUGGCCAUUUUGGUGAUUUCAAAGUUUGCCUCCGAGCCCAAAGUCAAUAACACAGAAACAGCAGAUCUGAAAGAGAAGCACAACGAUUGUGCUAAAGGAAGUAGGGAAGCCAUCGGUCGAGCAAUUGCGAAAGAAAUCCGCAAAAAGAAGCACAACAGAGGUCGAUGGCCUAGCCGUUUGACUAACAUCUUCAAAAGAGGUGAACCAUCAUAGUUACUGCUCCAGAGUUUUAGCAAGACUGAAGCUGUGGUUCAGACCCUGAUUAUUGGGGGGAGGGGGGAAUCUGCAUAAAAUGUCAGAAACAUCUCUGAGAAAUGUUCACACCAGUUUUCCAGUGGCUCUAAGGCAUUCUCUUUUUUGCUUGUCAUUUAUUUUUAUCCUUUCUUUAUAUUGCUUUUGCCCCACUAAUCUUUUCGUUUACUUUCUGCUCACAGUUAGAACAACUUGUACUGUACCUCUUUAAAGGACAGGGUGCCUCACACUGACACAAACAACAUACAGUGGGAUCUUGACUUGAGAACUUAAUCCGUAUUGGAAGGCAGUUCUCAAGUCAAAAUGUUCUCAAGUCAA